AGUUUCGACAGCUAUCAGCAGGACAUCAUACAAACAUUACGUAUCAAUUACAGUCAUAUACAUACCCGUUAUAACUUGAGGAACUAUCCGACGAAUCGCCUGUUAUAAAAUAUUUGAGCAAGAGCUGUACGGAAAAGUUUAUAAGGUCAGUUUCGCCGAAGACUAAUGUCAGUGUAAAUAUGAUCGGACGGUUCGAGUCGUUAUUAUUGAAGCCUGCGUGCCUUUUUGUCCUGCUGGGAAUUUCGUGCCCUGCACCAAACGCUGGCUUAACGCUCCGUUUCGGUAGUGACAUAAGGGUCCCGGUCUGCACUACGAUAUCGUUGCAGCAAUUGGGUCAGUUGAUCGCGGCAGCUUCAACCACAAAAAAAUUCACUCAUGAUCCACUUGUGAAUCGGUCCUCCGACCAAAACGAAACCUACAAGCCACUUCCGGAAGGCUACGCCCGAUAUCUCAACUCCAAUGUGGCCUAUAAAAAUUACAAGACGCCGGUAGUCUGGACGGAGGCGAAGAAACUGUGCGAGAAAGAAGGUGCUCGUUUGGUUGUGGCAGACCAAGAGACGUAUACUUAUUUGAUUAAUUUGGAUAAAAUUAGCAGAUUACAUGUAGGCAUUCACCGUAUUGGCGACGAAUGGAUCAGCAUUCAUGACGGAUCCGUUGUGAAUUACAUACCAUGGGCGUUUGGUCAACCUGACUUGAAGUUCGGAUGUGUCGGAACACAAACCUGGACCGGUCUUCUAGAAACUAUCCCUUGCGACAAGGGCAAAGAUGCACUAUAUCGACAUUAUUUCUGCGAGCUUCCGAUUCCCAAAAACAUCUUGUGAGAAGUAUUCUCCCAUCGACAUAGCCGGCACCUGGGCCAAACGGACCCAAGAAAAUUCAAAAUACAGUAAAGGAUUGACUUUCAACGCGAUAAACAGCAAAGAAAAUUUAUACGUGCAUGUACAAUAAAGUCUUCGAAUAGUAUUGAAGUUCAGAGAGCAUCUGGUUUUUUUCUCUUUCCCUUGUCAAGGAGAUCAAUUCUCACUCGUUCAGUGUAGCUUUCAUAGAACC